CCAACCCGCCGUACGAUAGUACGGUCGAGCAAUUAUACCACGCCGCGAACGAUGUGGAAAUGCAGGAUGCGUUUCCGACAACCCAAAAGUAUUUGCACGCUGUCAUCGACACGAAUGUGCUCAUCGAUUACUGCGGCAUCGUUGAGCAGUUUUGCGCCGACGUUGAGAAGGCGGGGUACCCCAUCCUGAUCAUCAUACCCAGCGUCGUCCUCGGCGAGUUGGACGGGCUGAAGAACCGCCCCGAACUCCAAUGGUUCGCGCGACAGGCGACGACAUGGCUACUGAAGAAAGUGAAGGAGCGGCGGACCGUGAAGCUGCAGUCGGCGAAGGAGACACAAAGCCCCGCCGCGCCACCAUCUGACACGGACGAUAUGCGCAAAAAUGACCUCGCGAUCCGCGACUGCUGCCUAUUCUUCGCAGACCAGAAUAGAGGCUAUGGAGCGCUUCUCGUCUCCAUGGACAAGAUCCUCUGCCUCGAAUGCCAGAAAGAAGGCCUGGAGACAUGCAUUCCCCCGCGGCGCAGCUGGUCCAGCCAUUUGCUCGCGCAGGAGCUUCCCGUGCCGGGAGUCGACCUGAGCAUGUUCCACGAGCGCGAGGCAUUCCCGCGCUACCGCCCCUCGCGAACGCGGCAGCGCCUUGCGCAGACGGAGGCUCCUGCGCAUCCUGCGGUCCCCGCGCGCCGGACGGUCCUGGACGACGACAUGAUGGACAUCGACGAUGGCGAGGCUGCGCACCCCGAGGAGUACCUGCCUGCGCACGCACGCGACUCGCUGCACGCGCAGAUCGCGGAGCACUUCACGCUCGUAUUGAAGGACCUCUGCUAUCGCGUCCACAUCGAGAGCGGAGAUACAAUAACGCCCUCCGAUUCGAAGCACGCUCCGCAAUUCAGACGCAAGCCGAUGUCGGAGUGGAUGGCAGAGGGGUGCCUGAGCUACCUGAGGACGAAGAAGGCGUUCGGGGGACCUGAAUUCAUGGGAAGGUUCCUGCUCCACCGCAGAGGCGAGCCUGGAUGGAAGAAGGGGCAAGACUGGUCGCCUGAGAUGUGGAAGCUAGUUCUGGACGCUUUGGAGGAAGUAGGGAGAGUGUUCGAGGACGGCGCGAUGCUGAGCUCAUUGAACGCAGUCAGACCGCACGUCACGGAGGUCUGGGAGGCCAAACUACGACCGCUAUGAAUGCAUGGAUGACACAAAA